AUGAAAGCUUUCAACGCUUUCGCCGCCAUCCUGGGACUAGCUGGCCUAGCCCAAGCCCACAUGGAGAUGACCUAUCCUGCUCCUUUCAAGAGCAAGUACAACCCGAAUUCAGGUUGGGACAUUGACUACAGCAUGACUUCUCCCCUCGCUGCCGACGGGAGCAACUUUCCCUGCAAAGGAUACCACUCUCUCUUGGGCACCGCGGCCGGUGCACCUACUGCGACCUGGCAGGCCGGGCAGCAGUAUAACAUGACCAUCGCCGGCGGCGCGGACCACGGUGGCGGCAGUUGCCAGGCCUCUCUUUCUUUCGACAAGGGCAAAACAUGGACCGUCAUCCAGUCUUACAUCGGAAACUGCCCCCUUUCACCCUCGAAAUCCUUCAUGUUCACCCUGCCGAUCGACACACCAGCUGGAGUCGCCCUCUUUGCUUGGUCCUGGUUCAACAAGAUCGGAAACCGCGAAAUGUACAUGAACUGCGCUGCCAUCACCGUCAAGGCAGGGAAAGGAACGCCUUCGACACCAAUGAGCAAGCGACCCGCCAUGUUUGUCGCCAAUGUCGGAAACGGCUGCGGAACCACCGAGAUGACGGACCUCAUGUUCCCUAAUCCUGGGCCUGAUGUCUCUAUAACCUCUUCCAACACUAGGGCGCCGGUCGGCCAGUGUCCAGCUGGUCCUGGAGCUGUGAUUCCUACCACUACCAAACCAGCUGUCGUUCCGGCUACGACCAAGAAGACUACAACGACGAAGCCGACUUCCACAAAACCCGGCGGCAUCUUUGUCACCGUUCCAGUGUCAACAACCCUCAAGUCGACAACUCGCAAGACGACGACGACAGCUCCACCAGUACCUACCGGUGGUGUUACUGGCGCCAUUACUCCCGGCACGGCCUGCAAGCCAGAAGGAUACUGGAACUGCCACAAGGGAGGUACAUCCUUCCAGCGAUGCGCUUCUGGUACCUGGUCGGUCGUCAUGUAUGUGGCGCCGGGCACCAAGUGCAUACCCGGCCAGAGCAUGGAGUUUAUUAUUACGUGGGCAUGA